AGUUUCAACCUGAGAGAUAAACGUCUAUAAAGAUGGAGAACCAGCUCCAGAGGCUCGUUUCGGAGAAGAAGGGGUUGGUGGAGAACGUGAUGGAGGUUUUCGAGCAGGGCGCGGAGGUGGUGGCCAGCAUGGCGGGCGACCUGUUCCCCGUCUUCUCCAUCGCGGCGCCCAUCGUGAGGCUGGCGCUGGACAACGUGGAGAGCAAGGAGGCGGCCUACAUGAGGGAGCAGUUCCAGAAGGUGCGCGACCGCCUGGAGGUGAUCUCCGAGGAGCUCCAGAGGAUCAACGAGGAGAUCAAACGGAGCAGCCUGGACGCGACCUACUUCUCGGUGGAGGAAAACAUCACGAAUCAAUUCCGCAAGUACAUGGACAUCCUCAACGCCAAGCCCAAGUUCAGGGAGGUGAAGAAGAAGCUGUUCCUGGAGCACUUCGAGGUAACCGGCGGGGACAAGAACCUGCAUUCCCUUUUCGGCGCGGUGACGGGCGACACGUUUUCGGGGGAGUCCCUCCUGGACGUGAUCGUGAACUACGAGGAAAAGGGCCGGCGCCCGGUGGAGGACUUCUGCGCCCGGUUGAAGAACCUGCUCUGCGUGGGGCUCAUCGCCCUGCUGGGUCACGCCGCCCUGAAGGGAUACGGGGAGGAGGACGCCCUGCUGAAGACCUGGGCAAACAAGAUGGCCGCCGUCCAGGCCAAGAUCGACGCCGCCGUGCGGGAGUGCAUCGUCGGAUUCCCGAAACAGGCCGAGCAGGACUGCCGGCGGCUGGUGAGGGACCGGGCGCCCGGCCUCAGCAACCAGCAGCUAGCUGACCUGGUGGUGGAGCGGCUACGGACCAAAUACGACUGGGUGGGCUGGUCCGUGCGGGUGUUCAGGUCGCCCUCGGGCCUGUUCGCCAACAAGAAGGACUUCCACUGCGCCACCGGGAAGAGCCGCUUCCAGGUGCCGGCGUCGGAGGAGCGGCUGAACGUUUGGGUGUCCUACAGCUCCUCGGCGGAGCCUCUGGACCGGGGCAGGAUCGGGCAGCUGGUGCAGAGCCAGAGGAGGCAGACGGCGGCGGGCGUGGCCGAGGGGCUGUUCGCCGGGAUGCCCGGGGACUGCGUGGUGCACGCCGUGAGGAGCAGCAAAGACCUGGGCUGCUCCUGGAGCUUCAGGGAGGAGCUGCACUACUGGGAGGAGCACAGGAACCUCUGGGUCUGCGUCCACUCCGCAUAA